GAACAUCAGGCAAUACGAUGUUUUGCAGAAUAUUUUCAGUACAUUUCAGUUAUCGUAGCGUACAGAAGUGUAUUUGGUUACAUCGAGUUCUGUGAAAGAUCUUUUAAAUUUCUUUAAUUAAAAGAAGAAGCAAAUUACGAUAAGUAGUCUCACAAAGUGAAGAGGGUAUUGUGCAUUAUUGAAGUGUUGAGUGCGAUUCUUUGUGAGAGUGGUUUUUUGGAGCAUCAGGAGAGUGUAAAUCUGAAAUAGUGCGUCACCCUUUUGUUAUUCUCAUCUCAAAGCUAAAAAGGACCUUUCUGAGGGAAUCAAAAUGGGAUUAAAUGGAUGUUGCGGUGUUAUAAAGUACCUUGUGGUACUAGUCAAUCUACUGUUCUGGCUUGUUGGAUUGGCCACCGUAGUUCUGGCGAUAUGGAUGCUCACAGAUCCGACCUUCCUGAUUUCCAUGACACAGGAUGAGCAUCACUACUACAUCGGAUUGUACAUUUUCCUGGCAAUCGGCGCACUUAUGCUCAUUGUAGCAUUCUUGGGAUGCUGUGGUGCAUUCAAGGAAUCCCAAUGCAUGCUCGUGUCGUUCUUCUGUUGCUUGCUGAUCAUUCUGGUAGCUGAAAUUGCAGCAGGAGUUUGGGCUUUCCAGAACAAGGAUGAACUCAAUAAGAUGGUGCAGGCUUCAGUGAAGCACACCGUUAAGGAGGAAUAUGGAGUUAUUGACAGCAGGACUAUUGCUUUUGACGCCAUUCAAAGACACUUCGAAUGUUGUGGAGCAAAUGGGGCUCACGAUUGGGCAUCAAGUCGUCUCAAUACGAAAACGAAGGAUGGUGCACAAUUCAUGGACUUGAAGUUGUCGAGUUUGAAUCCAGUUUAUACAAUUCCUGAAUCUUGCUGCAAAAAGGAUGCAGACAGGAAACUUUGUGAAGCAUCUAUUCAAGGCGGUCUUUCAACCUACAUCAAUCCUGUUGUUAAUACUGAAGGUUGCAUGGACAGAUUAGUUGAGGAGUUAGAGAAGAAUAUGCCGAUUGUAAUUGCUGUAUUUGUUGGUAUCAUCGCUGUCGAAGUGCUGGGAUUAAUUUUCUCAAUUGUAUUGUGUUGUGCGAUAAAACGCAAUGAUCAUUACAAAGGCUAAUUUUACUACACUCACAAACAUUUUCUUCGAAUAUUUUUAAGCAUUUUCCACAAUAUUUCUUACGAGGUUCCAUUUACGCUCCUCAACAACUAGGUCAUUGAAUUAUUUAUAUGAUUUUUUUUCAAUCUCCAGUUGAAUACUCUGAAAAAUUUUAUUUUAAUAUUGAAAUCAAAGAUCUACACAAAAUUAUCCUAAUUUCAAUUCUCAUGAAAAUUACAAGUCCAUUUUUAGAAUAUGAAAAAAACACUCCUGUUUCCUACUAAUUUGGAUCUACCAACAACGUAAUUCUUUCUAACUACAAUGAACAACUCUGUAAGUUACCAAAAUAAUUGCAAUUUAUUUUAAUUUGUACCCUGUUUUUGCUUUACAACUGGCAGUUCAAUAUGCAACGUACAAGCGUAAUCGCAAAAAAUGAAAAUAAUUUUUAAAGUUAAAAAAAAAGAAAAUAAAAGAAAGAUAUACUUGAAAUUAAGAAGGAACAAAUUUUAAAUUAUGACAUAAAAUUCGCUGUGGAAUAUACCGAAUAAUGAAGUAUAAGAAAAAAAAAGAAAAUAAGAAAAAAACACUGAGUGCCAAAAAGACACAAAAGAGAAAAAAGAAUUUCUUCCUAAGGCACAACUAUUUGAUUAUUUUUGCAGUUUUUUUUUUUAUUUUGUCAAAAAAUAAUAAUAAAAUAAUACGAAACAACAAUGCGCUCAAAAAAUUACAUCAAAAAAGCGAAAUAGGUUGAAAAAAAAAUGGAGAAGAAAUUGAAGUUAUGUAAGUAAAGAAAUGUGAGAUAAUUGAAAUGAUUAGAAUCUCUCGAAAAGUGUAUGACAAAGAAGUAAAUGUGGUUGCAGAAAAAAUAUAAUGAUGAAUAAUAUAUAUUUAUAACUUAAUGUUAUUGAAUUAGAAGAUAUCGUUACUUGAACAUGAAAAAAAAAAUAAAUGUCACUCCUUAAGCUGAUUAUUAAAUUCACAAAAAGCAGAGAGAUAAUACAAAUUUGAAAGUAAAUUUAUAUAUAUUUUUGACAAGGAAAAGAAUGUCAAGAAUAGAGAGAAAUGAGUUGAAAUUCAUACACAAGAGAGGAACUAUGUGACAAGAGAAGAUGAAUUAAAAUUGUUGAACUAAGAAUUAUAUUUUUAUGCUUCAUGUAAAAGAGAGAAAUAAACUAAAAGAAAUGUAAAGUGUAUUUCUCAUAAGUGUGUAUAUUGAAUAAGUAUAAUAUAUUUAAAAUGAAGUUUAAAAAUGCAUAAUUAAAAAGUAAAAUAAUUGAGAAUGAAUUGACCUCUUUGACUUGACAUAAUUAUUAUACAUAUAACACGUUUUUUUUUUAAUUAAGCUACGCAACACAUCAAUUUUAUUUAGUUUAUAUUUUUUGUUUUGUACCUUAAGGAUUUUCAAUAUUAACCUUAUACAUAAAUGAAAAAAAAAACUAUGGAAAGCAAAUAAAAAAAAACAUUUUUUAGGAAUUUUACAAUAUUUUCUUUUGAAAUCUUUUUGUAUGAAAUUUUUGAUUUUGCUAAAAAUCUUUGUAUUUAAUAACACUCUUUAAUGUAAAGCUGAAAGAUAUUAAAAGAAAUGAGGAAUUACAAUUCAAAAGUUAUAUAAAAGGAAUAUUUUUAUAAUAGGCGAACCAAAAAAAAUGGAAAUUUUGAACAUUUUCAAAUGACUAAUAAUAAUAAUAAAUAAAUAAAAGAGAAGAAGCUAAAAUGUGUUCAUUGUGUCAUUUUUGUGAAUAGAUGUCUCUCUUUAAGGAUAUUACGAUGCAUAAAAAUUUUGAAAUAUAGAAUACCAAUUUUUUGAACAAACAAUUUAUAUUAAAAUUUUUUCUAUUAAAGCUUUGCUUUAUUUCCAUUUAUGUCAAUGUGCAUUUUGACUUUAUGAAAACUUUAAACAGGAUGAUCAAACAACUACCAAUUUAUUUAUAUGGAUACAUUCAAAUUGAAUAUAGAGACUCUUUUCAUUAUAUUAUAAAAAUGUCAUAUAAUUUUUUUUCUCUCAAAAGAAAAAUAAAAUUAUAAAAUUCAUGUACCCGUAGAUCGAUCAAUAUUUUGACAAAAAAAAAUAAUGGAAAUAGAAACAAUCUUUAGUGCAUUCAUUACUCCUUCUCUUGUUGAUAAAUCAUUAAAAAAAAUAUAUGAAAAGAAUCAUUAGUCAUCGUAGUAAUAUGGAUGAGAAAAUAAACGUGAAAUGUAUUUGAAAACUCACACUCAAGACAAUUUUACGUGUAGUGGAUAAAAUGGAGAAAAAAAUAUUUAAAAUUUAAAUCCAUAAUAAAUUCAGAAAAAAUGUAAUAAUAAAGCAUGAAUAAAAUGCUCUCUAUGGAUA